ACAUCAGUCGGGCCCGCCGUUUUCACACUGCCACAGCCACUCUGUCGGUUCAGUCUGUGAGAGUGAGACUGACAGCCUUCGCUUGCGAGGUGAAUGCGCAAUCUGUAUCCCACGCCCAGCAAACCAGCACGUACUACAAUCAACACCAAUUUGAGAGGAACAAUCACUCAGCUCAGACCCGAUUGAUUCCCCAGACGUAUUACGGCUAUCGCUUAAGAUAAUCGAGCUUCUGUUUGGCGCGGCCACUGAUUCGAAGCCUUGCGGCAUUGAGGAUCCACCAAGCUCUCUGCGGCAUUCAAGCAUUCUCUUAAAGCAUACCUUACUCGCCUUACUUCCCAGCCGAUUGAGACUCCGGACGACGUGCGAAGAGACGGACGCAAUUGCGAUUCAAUCGGACAUAUAUCCCAGACCUUGUUUCAGCCACGAGCCAACUGUUCUUUGCCAUGGAGCAAACGUUCAUGACCAUUCAUUCCACGGACCCCAGCGCUGCCAUAUUAUUCGUGUCCGACUCAGUCUACGACAUACUGGGUUAUACCCCCCAGGAAGUGCAGGGAAAAUCAUGUUUUGACUUCUUUCACCCCGACGAGGUACCCUUCGCUCGCUCUAUCCACAGUCGCGGUGUCUUGCUGGACAAGGCAGCUGUGCUUCACUAUGCUCGCAUCAUGGCCCGCGAUGGUCAGUGGGUGAGCUGUGAAUGCUGCUUCACUGUCGUCCACGAUGUCUUGGUUGCCUGUACCAGUAUUUAUCGACGAGAUGAAAAGAGUCACAGACGAGCCGUCGAAGCACCUCAGAUCCGUCGAUUAUUCUCGAGCUCUCCUCGGGAUCCUCGUUACCACAUGCUGGAGCAUCUCUCACCCAAAUUCAGAAUGCCUCCUGUGGAACGCGAGCCCCGCGCAGCUCUCAUUCUCAAUAGGUUCACCCGCACUCUGACCGUCAUGUUCGCCACCAAUGCAGUCUCCUCGAUCCUUGGCGUCAGACCCGACCAGAUCAAAGCCAAGAGCUUUUAUGAGUGCAUACAGGAGAACUGCCUGCCGGAUGCCAUCCGCUGUUUGGAAAGUGCAAAGGCCAAUGAUUCAAUUGCCUAUCUGAGGUUCUGGUACAGAGAUCCACGUCGGCCUGAGGAUUUUGACGAUGAGGAGGAAGACGAAGAGCACAACAGCGGCAAUUCCAGUGACUCCGAUGGCGGAGGCGUCCAACUCGACGGCCGCAUGGAUAUUGACGAUGAUGACGGUCCUGUGAUCAAACAAGAAGAACAAGGCCGUCCAGAUAUGUCGAAUCACAGCUCUGCGAACCAAACAGCGACUACAAACGCCUCUGGCUCGAGCAACGAGACGCAGAACACUGCAGCUACCUCCGCCCCUUCGGCCGACGGAUCAGCCGCCCAGGCAUCGACGCCCGCGGAGCCCAUGCGAAACCGUCGGCGCGAACCGCCCCAGGCUUUUGAGCUCGAAGCUGUCGUGUCAUGCACGUCCGACGGUCUUGUCGUCGUAAUUCGCAGAGCGCGCCCACCGAUUCCGGCACCUCACCCGCCGUUGGUCGUCCCAACCUACACCAAUGGUCUCUUUGCGGCGCCUUGGGGUCAUCAUCCCAUCCGGCCUCAAGUUCCCCAGGAAUCGCUCUACAAUUUCAGACCUCCUCUUAUGCCUCAGUACAUGCCUUUGCAAGACAACGUCAUGGCUGCUGGGGGCCCACCUGUGGACCAUCUAAUGAGCUCCAUCAGAGAUGUUGCCGUCUUCGCAUGGGCAUUGGUAGGAAUCAACGGCAACCUCGCGACAUACACGCGAGGCAUGCCGCGUGGCGAGUCUAUACCAGAUAGUGGCCUACCUAUAUGGGAUCCCAAUGCAGGAAGUACUUCUUUACAUGGACCGGAAAACCAGGCAGUUCGUCGAUGGACGCAGUACGACAAGGAAAAGACCUUUGGUCCGCCCUCGGCGGCCUACCGACAGUCGUACAACCAAGGCAUGCCGUCCGGGUAUAGCCAUGUGCCUCAGAUGGGCAGUUACAUCUACUCUCAGCCGGCGCCGCCCACGUGGCCCGGCCUACAGCCUGCCUACACAUCGGCUUACGACCCUUACUCGAGGAACAACCACCAUCGAGAACAGCAGCAUCAGCAUCACCAACCGCAGCCUCAUUACGACUACCAGCCUAGUCGUCACCAGCCUCAACCACAGUCACAAGAAUUUGGUCAACGAGGAGCUCUGCAAAAUCAGCCAUGGGGCGAAAUACCCCCACCGUACAACGGCCAAGGCCAAGCGAAUGGUCAUUCCCAUGGCCAUGCGGGCGGGCAUUCGAACGGACAAUCCAAUGGUCAGUCCAACGGGCAGCCUAAUGGGCAGGCUAACGGUCAGUCCAAUGGACAAUCCAAUGGACAUGCAGACGGAAACUCCGGCAAUAGUUCAAACGGAUCGGCAGGGCCAAAUGAUGGAUCACACGGUCACCGUUACCCAUGGCAGUAGUUGAAACACUCGAACAUGGGAGACAGCAGCAUAUGGAUGACCAACCAAUAAUUACAGGAGCGCAAUGGCGGACUCCAGACG